AUAAAAAUUAUGAAAAAGUCAGCGUUGCAACUCCGCAAAAGAGACCUCUUUUAUUAUCGGCGCCUCUGGAAAUUUUCCUCAUUUUACGGCUUCUGGAUUUCUGAGAGGCGACAGAGAUGGAGACAGCGUUUCAGGAUGGCAAAGAGGAAGUUCUUCAAGCUUGGUAUAUGGACAACAGUGAAGAAGACCAGAGAUUACCCCAUCACUGUGAACCAAAGGAAUUUGUUUCAUUGGGCAAACUUUCAGAAUUAGGAAUAGUCAGUUGGCGCCUGAAUCCUGAUGAUUAUGAGAAUGAUGAGGACUUGAAAAGAAUCCGAGAGGCAAGGGGUUAUUCUUACAUGGAUAUAUGUGACGUAUGUCCAGAGAAGUUGCCAAAUUAUGAGGCUAAGUUGAAGAAUUUCUUUGAAGAGCACCUACACACUGACGAAGAAAUACGUUAUUGCCUUGAAGGGAGUGGAUAUUUUGAUGUGAGAGAUAAAAGCGAUCGCUGGAUAAGGAUAGCAGUGAAGAAAGGGGGCAUGAUUGUCUUGCCUGCUGGAAUCUAUCAUCGUUUUACCCUUGACACAGACAACUAUAUCAAGGCAAUGCGCCUCUUUGUCGGUGAGCCAGUGUGGACUCCCUACAACCGGCCUCAUGAUCAUCUCCCUGCAAGGAAAGCAUACGUUGAAUCCUUUAUCGAGAAUAAAGUGUGCACUCAGGCGGUUGAUGCUAAUUGAUGGCCAUCGGAACCAAUCUGAAAACUACAAGUAUCCGAGUCCACCUAAAAUAUAAUUAUACUAAUAAUAUUUCUGCAUAAUUCUACCAGUAACUCUCUGCGUUGUUCAUCAACAUGUAGACCUAUUUGUGAUAUGAUUUCGUCUAUUUUUGUUGCUCUGCUUUGAGUUGAUGUAUAUGACACCUAUAAAAAAAAAUCAUCAAAUACCCUUCAAAGAGUUAAUCAUUUUCUAAAA